CAGGCAGCUGCGGGCUGCGGUGCCACGCUCGGAGCCGGACGGACCCUCCCCCGCCGCCACCACCGCAACCCCCCCCGGGACCGCCUGCGCCUGCCUCUGUGCCCCCCACCCACAAUCACUCCCUCUCGCCAUGGUGGACGCCUUCGUGGGCACCUGGAAGCUGGUGGACACGGCCAAUUUCGAUGAGUACAUGAAGGCGCUGGGCGUGGGCUUCGCCACGCGGCAGAUGGCAGGGCUCACCAAGCCCACCACCAUCAUCGAGCUGGACGGCGACAAGGUCACCGUCAAGACCCAGAGCACCUUCAAGAACACCGAGAUCAGCUUCAAGCUGGGCGAGGAGUUCGACGAGACCACGGCGGACGACAGGCACGUCAAGUCCCUGGUGAAGCUGGAGGGAGGCAAACUGGUGCACGUGCAGAAGUGGGACGGGAAGGAGACGUCGCUGGUGCGGGAGCUGCAGGAUGGGAAACUCAUCCUGACCCUCACCAUGGGCACCGUGGUCUCCACCCGCACCUACGAGAAGGCGACAUAGAGGCUGUGCCCAGCUGCCCUCCGCUGCCAGCUGCUGCCACCCUCAGCCCUGCCUCGCCUCCGUCCUGGCCCCACGCUGGGCACGGCUGGUCCUGGCCUCUGAGCCUGCCAGGGCCACCUGCUGCCCUCCACUCCUGGCCCCAUCACCUGGAGGGGCUGCCUGGGGCUUGGGCAGAGCUCUGAGGGGUUUGGGUUUGGUUUUUUUUUUUGUAUUAAGAAUGGGAAAAUCCAAAUGGAAAAAGCCAAUAAAGGUCCUGUUGGUACA